CCGCCACACAGCAAUUGCAGUGCAACGAAGCGAAGCGGGCAGAUUUUGAAGUGGAGCACUCGGUCAGCGGCCAGCCAUAAAAUGCAGAAACGAGAAGCAGACGGUGCAGAGCGUCAGAUGGUCGAAGUACCUACCGUCGCGGCAACAGAAGUGGCUUCCGCACAGCUUGGAGAGACAUUUGGAGAACAUAUCUGGAAUCAACCCGAGCAACGACGACAACGUGCGAAUGCGAUCAACGAUGUUCAACCGACUUUUGGCCACGACCCUGGUGCACUUGAGACGGGCGACGACUGUUUUACAAUUAUCAGCCAGAGGAUCAGUGGUCUACCGGAGGCACAACUAAUCAAGGCUGCAAACUGUGUGCGAAACAUCUCGAGGAGUUUACAUGGAUUACCUUGUCAGGAAUGGGAACGGAUUGGUGGCCCGGUCUCACGUGCCCGGCACGUGGAGGCCAUCAAUGUGAUGCAGACAGCCUGA